UCAGCCUAUUAAACCACCGAAAAUAGUUUGAUUGAAAUCAGGUAUAAAAGCAAAAUCACCCUGACCGCUAGGUCCGCAGUUUUUCCAGUUCCGUUCACCAACGCUGAUAUUCCGUGUCCAGAUUUCGAUAGUUUUGGCGACAGUUAUAAUUUGCUACUGUUUUUGAAUUAAUUAUCGUGCCGUUAAUCUGCAUUGAACCAGAUAGUUCAGAUUGUGAAAGAAUAGGAUCAUGUGAUAACGAUAAAAAAUGCACCAAUAGGGAAUACAACAGAAAAUAGUCAGUGAUUAAGUUUGAGUCGUGAUCUGAUUCUAGUGCCAUCGAAACUAGCACAAUGGUCCACAAUCGGUUUACCGUUCAGACUACCAUACCAAUCAACGGUCAUGGACAAGACAGUACAAUUCAACCCACAUUCCGGCAGCUGGACGAUUCGGUUCGGGUGACCGUAACCGAUCUUAAUAACCGCAACAAUGGCGAUGGCAUCAAUACGCCACCGCAAACGCCUGAAAAUCGACGAAUCAGUAUAUUGGGUAUAACGAGGGAUCCUCUACCACGAUUGGAUCACUACCGAUUAUCGACCCGGAAAAACCAACGCCCAUCGAUAGGUGCAUUGCGAGGAGAUAGCGAUGCGGAAGACAAAAAGCAGCAGGACUACGAAGAUGAUCAAGCAAAACCUGCCGGUCCUGGUCAUGCGAUUCGACUAGGAUGGAUCCAAGGUGUGGUUACACCAUGUUUGCUGAACAUAUGGGGAGUGAUGCUAUUUCUCCGGCUCAGCUGGAUCGUGGCUGAAGCCGGCCUAAUCCAAACUCUGCUGAUCAUAGGACUGUCGUAUGUGGUGUGCGUGAUAACCACACUCUCGUUGUCGGCGCUGUGCACCAAUGGGCAGGUGAAAAGCGGUGGCCUCUACUACAUAAUUUCCCGAUCACUGGGACCGGAGUUUGGAGCAUCCGUGGGUCUAGUAUUUGCCUUCGCAAAUUCCGUUAAUGCGUCAAUGAACACGAUCGGAUUCUGUGAUUCGUUGAAUACUUUAUUAGGUAGCUAUGGUAUAAAAAUAAUUGAUGGAUCCAUCAAUGACACUCGUAUAAUUGGAACUGUUGCGCUGCUGAUAAUGGUCAUGAUUUGUGCGAUUGGAAUGGAUUGGGAAGUUAAAGCUCAAAAUUUUCUACUGGUUUCGAUUUUGGUAGCAAUUGCAAGUUUUAUUGCUGGUGCCAUCCGUGGUCCAACUGAUCCAGUUGAAACAGCACAAGGAUUUCUUGGUAUUUCAGCGGCAGUUUUUUCAUCGAACCUUCAGCCCGGUUACCGAUUGAGCGAAGGAGUUUAUCACAAUUUUUUCAGUGUGUUUGCAAUUUUCUUCCCAAGUGUAACCGGCAUUCAAAGCGGGGCUAACAUCUGUGGCGAUCUGAAAGAUCCAGCGUCCGCUAUUCCCAAGGGAACACUGCUCGCGUGUUUGAUAUCCGCAAUUUCGUAUAUAACAUUCUCAUUGUUUGCGGCGGCCGGAGCAGUACGAGAUGCUUCCGGUAACUUAACGGAUCUUAUAGGCGUUAAUUUUACAUCGUGCAGCACUGAAUUGAAUAACUGUCAAUAUGGUCUAAACAAUGACUACGGGAUUAUGCAACUUAUGUCAGUUUCGGUUGCAUUAACCUACCUGGGAUGCUGGGCAGCAACAUUGAGUACAGCAUUGACCAAUAUACUCUCUGUUCCUCGACUUAUUCAGACACUCGGUGUAGAUCGUAUCUACCCAGGUCUCGUAUUUUUCUCCAAAGGAUACGGCAAACAUGGAGAACCAUACCGAGGCUAUGUUUUGGUGUUUCUAAUAUCAUUUACUUUCCUGAUGAUUGCUAAUUUGAACACAAUUGCUCCAUUGAUCUCGAUUUUCUUCCUGGCAUCGUACGCUCUCGUGAACUUUUGCACAUUCCAUGCAGCAACUAUUAAACCUCUCGGCUGGCGACCAACCUUCAAAUAUUUCCAUCCUUGGCUAAGCAUGAUGGGUUCUAUUUUAUGCAUUACCAUAAUGUUCCUAAUCGACAUAGUAUCGACGUUCAUCGCCGUGGUAAUUAUCUUCAUUCUAUAUCUGACUGUCAUCUACCGUAAGCCGAACGUGAACUGGGGAUCGUCCAUGCAAGCUGCUACCUACAAAUCGGCACUCAGUUCUGCGUUCAAUCUCGAACAAAUAGGCGAACAUGUCAAAAACUACAAUCCCCAGCUACUGGUUAUGACAGGAAAUCCAUUGCACCGACCUGGCCUGCUGAAUUUUGCAUAUCUUAUCACCAAAAAUAAUUCGCUUGUGAUCGCUGGAAAUGUUGUAGAAGACAAACUAUCCUACAAACGGCGAAAAGGUAUACUGCUAGAAGGAAAAGGCUUACUGAAGGCCUUGAAAAUAAAGGCUUUCUAUCAGAUACUGGAUGGAUUACCGUUCGACGAAGGAACUCGAGCACUGAUACAAUCAGCCGGAUUCGGAAAUCUUUCACCGAACAUUUUACUAAUUGGAUACAAAACCAACUGGCUCACAUGUAGUCCGGAUGAGCUGAAACGUUAUUAUAACGUUCUGCACAAUACCUUUGAUAAUCGACUGGCUCUUGCAAUUCUUCGACUUCCCGAUGGAAUCGAUCGUUCUAAUCAUAUGCCUAUGAGUUCAGUACAGGAUUUGUCAAUGUCGACACUAAGCAUCGCAUCUUUGGGUGCAGUAGACAGCUCUCCACUAGGCGAAAGAGACAAUCUUGGGUUCAUGCCAAUAAAUUCAAACCUGGAUUUACCAACGAUUGUUCCGUCCAUCAGCACCGGAAGUGUUAGUACAACAAAUGAAGUCAUUCUUGACCCCAGCAAAAUUACGGACAACAAAGAACUGAAUAUGUUCCGAGAGAAACAACUUCCGGGGGACAUUGAUGUAUGGUGGUUGUACGACGACGGAGGACUGACCAUUCUGUUACCUCAUAUUAUCGCAAGUAGACCCAAGUGGGCUGCCUGUCGAAUACGGGUGUUCGCUCAUGCGAGUAAACGGGAGGAUUUCGCGGAAGAACUCAAAAACAUGUCGAAUCUGCUGGUAAAACUUCGAAUCAAGCAUUUCUCCAUCACCGUUGUCACUAUUACGGAUAAACCCAAGGAGUCAACAAUCAAUGCACAUCGUGCACUGUUGGGUACCUUGUUCGAGGAUCAAGAGAACAAUCUCACGAUUAGUGAUGAAGAAUUGAAACAGCUUACGGAGAAAACUUACCGACAAUUGCGGUUACGAGAAUUGCUGCUGGAACACUCGAAGAAUUCAUCGAUGAUUGUUAUGUCCAUGCCAGUUCCUCGAAAGGACAUCGUUUCUGCUCCACUCUACAUGUCUUGGCUAGAAAUGCUCACCAAAAAUAUGCCUCCAUUCCUGUUGGUACGCGGUAACCAAACGUCCGUUUUAACACUUUAUUCUUAGAUUUAUGUCGC